AGUUAUUCUUCAAAGCAAAGCAUAGCGGUCAUGUAAGGCAACUUCAACAAGGCUAGCAACCUCGUAUAUAAGCCAGCAAAUUUCACGAAUCCUCUCAUCGGUCUUUUUGCUCUUCAAAUGGCUAAUCCUGCAUUUGAUGACAAACAAGAGAGAAUGGUGUCGGAUGCUCCACCAGCUCACUACGUGCUCAGGAUACAAUCAUACUCAUUGCUCUCGAAGAACUCUGUUGACAAGUAUGAGUCCGGGGUCUUCCAAGCUGGAGGCUACAAAUGGAAGAUGAUUCUUUACCCAAAUGGGAACAAGAGCAAGAACGUGAGAGAGCAUGUUUCGCUUUACCUGUCAAUGGAAGAAACAAGCUCACUCCCCUCAGGUUGGGAAGUUCGUGCUUUGGUUAGAUUCUUUCUGCUUGACCAGGACAAAGACAGUUACUUGACAAUCCAAGAUGCCAUGAGAAAGGAAUGGCGCUUUCACAGGAUGAAGCUCGAAUGUGGCUUCGACCAAUUUCUUCCUCUGAAGACGUUUAACGAUGUGCAGAACGGAUAUCUCAUGGAUGAUACUUGUGUGUUCGGCGCGGAGGUUUUCGUGACGAGGGAAAAGAGCACUGGCAAAGGAGAGAAUCUGUUGAUGAUAAAGGAUGCAAUCGGUCAGAAGCACGCCUGGAAGGUCGACAACUUCUCAAAAUUGGACGAGGAAUUCUCCGAGUCAAAAGUAUUCAUAGCCGGAAACCAGAAAUGGAAGAUACGGCUCUAUCCAGACGGAAAGGGAAGCGGACUCGGAGGUUUCGUCUCUCUAUAUUUAGUUUUAGCCGACGCGAACACCCUUCCUCCUGGCACUAAAGUAUAUGCAGACUUCUCGCUGCGCAUCAUGGAUCAGCUUCAAGGAAGGCAUUUCUCUGGAAAAGCUAAUCACUGGUUCAGUGCCUCGACCGAGGAGUCUGGUUGGGCGAGAUUCAUUUCGCACGCCACCUUCUAUUACCCCAACAUGGGCACUUUGGUGAAGGACACCUGCGCAGUCGAAGCGGAGGUCACCGUCCUGGGCGUGGUGAACGCGGUAUGAAGCCGCCAUUCUGUUGAGAUUCACACUGUCAAUCAGUAGCAUCGUUGUGAAUAUUCGCAUACCAGCACUGUAACGAUAACGAUACAGACUAUUUCCAGGUUGCUUUAUAUCAGUACAUGACUCAAAAAGAAUAAAAUUAAAAUUUGAACCCUGAUCCGAAA